AUGUUAUUUUUGGUAUACUCAGAUCAGCUAUCAGGGAACAGUAAUCCUUUGCCAUUAAAGUUUACUUUUCAUCAUAUUGAGGACACAAACUCAUUAAAUGUCAAUGAAGAAAUCCUUUUAGAUCAAUAUUUGUUUAAGGAAAAUUUUACUGAGUGGCAUUUGGCUGAGAAUCCAAAAGAGGUAUCCCAUCGGACUGCAGGGAAGUCAUGGCAAGAAAAUGGGAGAAGUUCCUUUUCUCUAAACAGCAGGUAUGAGAAAUAUGAAGCACACAAACCAGAGAAAAUACUUUCAAAUCAUGGGAGGCUGUCCUUCCUCAUUCAAGAGAAAACAGUGGACCUUGAUUUUCCUGACCGUAAAGGAAUGAAGGAUUCCUGUAGUUCUGAUUGGUUGAUGUCAUCAUUUUCCAGUGUGUCAGAGCAAAGUAGCCCGAGACUGAGAAAAGAAAAUAAUUUAAGUAAAGGGCAGAACUACAAGUCCAACAGAUAUAAGUAUUUACAGCUUGAAGACUACAAUGAUCCAGUCAGUCCCUGCGCUUUCGGGAGACAUUCUUUCACUACUUCCUUGCCAAAACCAUCCUCGGAGACAGACAGCACAAGGAACUUCUCUUCUGGAUUUCGUAGUAGACUGAAGAACCCUGAUACAAAUACAAAGGGAUUAUACCUUCAGAAAUCAUCAUGGGCUUCCAGCAUUCCUGUAUAUCCACAGAACAAAGAAAAUAUUGCAGACAAGUUGCAUCUUACAAAGUACAAACGAAGCAUCCAUAACCAACAUGUGAAUAGAUACAAUUUCCAUGUUCCAGUUUUGAGACACUCCCGCUUUGCUGGCCCAGUAAUACCUUGCAGUCAUAAAGUAACUCAACAAAGUAAAUGCUGGUCAUGUAUAAAGCAGAAACACAUGGAUCCCACUGACAGUAAGAUGUUGAAUUCUGUUUUGGACCAAGCUCUCUGUACUGCCAAACGCAUGCAGAAAACAACGGAGAGGAUGCUAAAAAAACUGUCUACAGAACAGAGUAUUCCAUCCUGUAACAGACUCUCCUACAGUCGAUAACAGUGCCAAAGUUCCAACCUUUUUGGCAAUCAUAGUGUUGCAGCCAGCAUUGUAUAUGUAACCUGCUGCCAGAGAUUUUUUUUUA